GCCCGAAACAUAUAUAAAGGCCAGCCACUUGGGCACCAUUGAAUAUUUGAAUUUUUCAAAUCGAAUACUUCUAAUAAGACGAACAAUGUCGAGACUUCAACCUCUAAUCGUGUCUUUGGCUGUGGCAGUGUUUUCAUCUACACACGCGUUUAGAAUUGAAGGUCGCUCUAGACCCGUUCUGCACGGUGACCUCGGGGAUGACCUCUCCUUUGACCUCUGCUCGGACCGCGGCCUCAACGCCGUGGAAUACAUGCGCACGAACAACGGCUCGGACAACGUAUCGCUCACCGUGGAUAUGCAUCACCAAGGAUUUGAGGAGUACUAUGGAAACAUAGGGGCCGGCUUCGGCAUAACCAAAGCAAACCAAUCAGGAGUAAUCAUGGUGCACGCAUGGCGCGAAGGGGCCGACGGCGGUCUUGUUACCAUGGCAAUAGACCUUCACAACGGAACCAUUUUAAGAAAGAAGAUUCACAAGGACUUUGCGCAGAUCAUGUGCGCAGGCGACAACCUUGUGCACACUUUAGGCAACAGAGGCAUUGGUGACACUGUGGUGUCCUUCCUGCGUUUUGGCUGCAGCUGGUUCCUGGACAUCUCCCCAAUAGCCCUGGAGUGUUCUACCCUCACUUCCGGCACAUGUGUAGGCAUCGCUGCUGCUCUCGAAGCCGCGAUACCAAUACCAGGCGACUCCCUGUUGUGGUUUCCGAUCUGCAGAAAUGCCAUGAAGAUACUGUGCGGAAGCAUCGGUAUGGCAGACCCCUCGUCCCUUCAGGUAUAUUUUAACAUUGUUUUGUGAGAAGUGUCGAGGCAGGACUGGGCUUAAUGCUAUCCGCUGGUAGAGGACACUCACCGAAUAAUACUUUUGUUUUCAAGAAAGACCCUUUAAGCUGUAAAUCAAUUGUUGCUGAACGUUCACUCAAUGUAAGUCAGGCUCGAUUCUGUCGAAAGCAUGAGGUAAUUGAAUAAAAAAAUGGUGUUUUAAGAACUCUUGGAGUGCCUGAAUGGGGAUCCCGCUAAAGAUAUUUCGAUAGCUUCUGUGACUCUCUGCCCUUACGUAAGUAAACGGACAUUUAAAUAUGUAUACUUUCCGAAAAUGUGUAACGUUUUUUGACGGUAUCAACAAUAUAUUGACAGGUAUACUUGGGAAAUUUAGCAAAUGUUGAAUAUGUGUUAUAUUAUUAAAUUCGCUGAAAUGUAAUUGC